AUGUGGGACGAAGAAUUACCACCGCAUUUGGCUACGCAAUGGAUAACCUGGUGGUCGAAAUUCCAGUCGGUCAAGUCAUUGUCGAUUCAUCGCUGUUAUUCAAGCUUUAUACCAAAUGCGGACGAUAUUCAACUACAUAUCUUCGUGGAUGCCAGCACGAGCGCAUAUGCCUCAGCAGCGUACCUAAGGGUACAAAAGGGCGACACGGUAGAAGUAGCAUUAGUUUGUGCCAAAGCAGCAUGCGCACCGCUAAAGACAACGACAGUUCCCCGCCUGGAACUGCAGGCAGCCGUCAUGGGAUGCCGAAUCAAAAGUCUCAUCGAAGAAAGCCUCGACAUCACAAUCAACAAAACCCUACUCUGGAGCGACUCACAAACAGUUAUUUUGUGGAUACGUUCGCAUACAAGGGCGUAUAAGCCGUACGUCGCCCAUAGAAUUGCCGAGAUCCUUACCACGACUACGAUAGAUCAGUGGCGUUGGUUGCCUACUGCCAUGAAUGUGGCAGACGACGCAACACGCGCUCAGCCGAGUCUCGAGUUUUCACAGCACACACGCUGGUUUAAAGGACCAGAUUUUCUACAACAAGCCGAGGAAUGUUGGCCACGAGAAACCACCCUAACGCCAGACGAACGUGCCAACAAAGAAGAAACCAGCCGAUGUUUGCUUGCCUGCAACACAGAUGAUAGUGGAUUGUUGCGGGUGUAUGGGAGAAUAGACGCUGCAUAUUGCUUACCACUCGCCGCCCGCCGUCCGAUUAUCCUGCCAGGAAGCCAUUAUGUCGCUGGACUAGUUGUAGCGGACCACCAUCGAGAGCGACACCAUCAAAACGACAACUUGGUAAUGAACGAGAUUCGCCAACGUUAUUGGGUAACGGCCAUACGCGGUACACUGAAGAACGUUAAGAGGCAUUGCCCAGUUUGUAUACAUGAGAGAGCUAAACCAGCCGACCCAUUAAUGGGUCAAUUGCCAAAAGAUCGACUUACACCUUAUGUUCGACCAUUUUCCUACUGCGGAGUGGACUAUUGUGGCCCAUUUAACGUCGCUAUCGGUCGCAGAAGGGAAAAACGGUGGAUUGCGCUGUUCACCUGCCUGACAACCAGAGCAGUUCAUCUUGAGUUGGCGGAAAACCUCUCAACCGAUGCGUUUAUACUGUGCCUUCGCAACUUUGUUAAUCGGCGGGGCGUACCCAUACGUAUCCGUAGCGAUAAUGGUACGAAUUUUGUUGGCGCCCAAAAGGAGAUAAACCAGAGUGAAAGAUUAUUCGAUUUCGACGCUAUCGAACGCGAAAUGUCCAGGCGCAAGAUUGAAUGG